UACUCUUUACUCUAUCGCAUGACAGGACUGUAUAUCCUUUGUUUAGCAGUAGGCUCUAUUAUGAGUGAAAUUUUAUUUAAAACAGACCCAUAUGUUAUCAUUGUUCAACUAUUAAAUGUUUCUUCUUCUCCUCAGUCUCCCUGUUCUUCCUCGCCAUGCAAAAAUGAAGGGACCUGUGUACCAAGUUACAUAAAUGGCAUCUAUGAAUGCCUCUGCAAGAAAGGCUUCACUGGAGAAUUCUGCGAGAAAGACUUCAAGUCCUGUAAAGAUGCGUACAAUUCAUACAAGUCGAACGCCAGCGAGUUGGUAACCUUACACUUUGGCUCGAAUACAACUUCCGUUCUCUGUCAAAUGGGAGAUUUUGGAUGUGGAGAUGGUGGAUGGACACCAGUUAUGAAGAUUGAUGGCAACAAGAACACUUUUCGGUUCAGUUCGGGAUACUGGACUAACAAAAGCGAAUACAACCCGUCUGGUGCAACGACUGGCUUUGAUUCACAAGAGACCAAAUUACAGACGUACUGGAACACACCCUUUUCCAAGGUCUGUCUCGGUAUGAAGGUUAACGGACAGUUGAGGUUCACUGUAAUCAACAGCCAGGCUUCCUCUCUCCACUUUCUGAUUGCUGAUGGUCAGUAUCGGCCUACUUCACUGGGUCGGAACAAGUGGAUAGCGCUGACUGAUUCAAGGGCUAGACUUCAGCCCAACUGCAACCAGGAAGGAUUCAAUACCAAGGCCAAUCGCAAAGCAAGAGUCGGAAUCCUUGGGAACAACGAAAACGACUGCCGUACAUGUGAUUCUGCAAUAGGGUUUGGUGUUGACAACAGAGCGUGCGGUGAUCGUUCUUCCAUUAGAGCCAUGUGCUACAUCUUGGUUCAGUGAUGAUCUGCAUUUAAAUGAAUUUUAAAACAGCACCAAAAUAGAUAAGAUGAAGUCAUCCAAGAACAGUGUGUAAAAACGCAGGAUUAUAAAAUUUGUUGUGUAUAUGAACGCUCUGAGAACACUGCGAUUAAACACCUAUCAUCCGAGUCUCGCAAACCAGAAUGUAUGAUGCCCGCGAAAGCUUUGUACAGCUUUUCUGAUGCCAUGUGUGUUUGUAAGUGAAAAAAGCAAAUAAA